AUGAGGCUGGUCAUCAUCUACGCGGCCAUCCUGGCCAUCUUUGCCAUUGUGGCAUCCGGUCAAAAAGGAAAGUGGAAAGGGUACAAGGACGAGGAGAUGGGGAAAAGCAGCUACUGGAAGAAGGUCGGUAAUGCUGAAUCGAUCGUUGGAAAUGAAAUAAACAGCAUUGAUUGAACUAACUUCUAAGUGAUCGAAAUGAAAUAUAUAAAUCAAAAAUCUAAAUG